UAGAAAAUUUUUGAUUCAGUUUGAGUUUGAAACCCUUCGGUGUAAAAGACAAUUGAAACGGAACUCUUGCAAUUUUUACGAAACAAUGCUAAUUUCACAGUUUUUUGUUGGCCAAGAGAUUUUCAUAACUGGCGGUUCAGGCUUUAUUGGUAAGGGACUCAUUGAAAAGAUUUUGCGUUCUUGCCCAAAUGUGGCUGCCGUGUAUGUUCUAUUGCGCCCAAAAAAAGGAAAACAUAUUGAGCAGCGUCUAAGCGAUAUACUACAGUCGAAAUUAUUUGAGCGCGUCAGGCAGGAACAGCCGCAAGCUUUAAAGAAAGUACACGCUAUCGCUGGCGACUGUAGCGAAUUGGGUCUGGGCAUCAACGAAAAGGAUUUGAAACUAUUGCAGAAUGUAAAUAUUAUUUACCACUCGGCUGCCAGUGUGAGAUUCGAUGAUCCAUUGCGCGAUGCUAUUCUAAUGAAUACCCGUGGAACUUAUGAGCUGAUUAAAAUCGCUGAAACUCUGAAGCAGCUCAAGGUCUUUAUGCACGUGUCCACCACUUACUGUUAUCCAAAUCGGCGUAUUGUUGAGGAGAAGUUUUAUCCAUCAUAUGCCGACUGGCGUACAACGAUUAAACUAGCGGAGACUUAUGAUACUGAAACCUUGAAUGUUUUCAAUUUAAAAUAUGGCGAUUUUCAGCCGAAUACCUACACCUUUACUAAAAGCUUAGCGGAACAAAUUAUCAAGGAGUACAAGGAUCGAUUGCCUCUGGUCAUAUUUCGCCCAUCAAUAGUCGUGUCGUCGAUUGAAGAUCCUGUACCCGGUUGGGUGGACAACUUUAAUGGUCCCAUUGGCAUGCUGGUGGCUUGCGGCAUUGGUAUAUUCCGUACAAGCUGUGGUGAGCCGAAUAUUAUUUCAGAUUUUGUGCCAGUGGAUAUAGUCGUCCGCGCCAUGCUAAUCGCCACAUGUCGGAAGGCUGCUGAAGAAAGUAAUAAAGAUCAAAAGAAAAUGGAAAUUAUCAACUGUGCUGCAGCGAAAAUCUGUCCCAUACGGACCGGUGAAGUAAUUGAAAUUGGCAAGAAAGUUAUCAAGAAAACGCCGUUUGAAAAAACGUUAUGGGUACCGGGUGGCAGCAUAACACGUUGUGCAGUGUGGAAUUUUAUACGGUUCGUUACGUUACACGUUUUAAUGGCGAUUUUGGUCGAUAUUGCUUUGCGCUUUACAAAUACGAAACCAUUCCUUUUGAAGUUACAACGGCGCAUCUAUGCUGCUACUCUGGCAUUACAUUACUUUGUGACCACACAGUGGGACUUUAGGAACGAUAAUUUUUAUGAACUGGAUUCGUUUGUGGAAAAGGAUGAAAUUGGUGAAUUCGGCUUCUUACAAUACAGAGAUCUGGAUUACGAGGAAUUCUUUCGCAUGGGCAUUCAAGGCGCGAGAGUUUUCCUACUGAAUGAACCAGCCGAAUGUUCUCAGGGCGCGCUGACACGCAUGAAGAUCUAUAGAGUAUUGCAUUUUCUUAUAAACUUAAUUGGAGGUGUUCUAAUCAUACGCUUUGUAGCACGCUAUAUUUAUGGUAUGUUGUACAGUACCAUUUAGCUAGAGCUUGUUUUAUAAAAAACCAAAGCAUCUGUUUCCACUUUCUUUACUAUAAAUGUAUGUAAGUAAAUUAAAAUUUUAUAAAAAAAA